GCGUGAUUCUUUUGGCCGGAGUAUUUGCAUGAGGAGUGAAUGUUUUUUUUUUUUGGUUUUAAUUUUUUCCAAAAAUGAGUCAUCCUGGAUUUGCAGCAAUCCUCAAAAAAAUUGAAACAGAAAAAGAAAAGUUUGAUGCAAUAAGUAAAGAAGUGUGGAGAAAUCCUGAGCUUCGUUUUGAGGAAAGACAUGCUCAUAAUUUGUUAGCGGAUGCUCUAGAGCAAGAAGGAUUCAAAGUCCAACGGCAUUAUAUUCUUCCCACAGCAUUUAGGGCUGAAUAUCCACCGGACAGAAGUUCGGAAAGGCAAGUUCAAGUAGCUGUUUUGUGUGAAUAUGAUGCACUUCCUGCUAUUGGGCAUGCUUGUGGCCACAAUUUGAUAGCCGAGUCCAGCUUAGCAGCAGGAUUUGCAAUUAAAGCUGCAUUGGAAACAGAUCCCAGCAUUAAAGGCAAGGUUAUUGUGAUAGGCACCCCUGCAGAAGAAGGUGGAGGAGGGAAGAACAUACUUAUAGAAGGAGGUGCUUUCAUCAACAUUGAUGUUGCUCUGAUGGCACACCCAAGUCCAACAGAUCACUUAUUUCCACCUUUCAUUGGUUACAAAAAUUUAACUGUGGACUACAAGGGGAAAGCAGCACAUGCAAGUGGCUACCCUUGGGAGGGUAUUAAUGCACUAGAUGCAGUUGUAGCUUGUUAUAAUAGCCUUGCUUUCUUGAGACAGCAAAUCAAACCAACCAAUAGAAUACAUGCAAUUAUUACAAAAGGAGGUGUUAUUGAAGGUAUAAUUCCAGAAGAAGCACAGAUGAAAAUUGUUUUUCGGGCAGCUAACUUGGAGGAUCUGAAAAGUUUACAAGAAAAAGUCAUUGCUUGCAUCUUUGCGGCUGCUACCUCAACGGGUUGUGAAGUUAUGUAUAACAUUAAUGAAAGAAGCUAUGAACAUCUACUGACCAACAAGGAACUUGCAAAUACGUACAAGAAACAUGCAGAAGCAAUGGGUGUUGUAUUUCAAGAUGGAGAUCACAGGAUUAUUCCCUUCAUGGCCUCUACAGACAUGGGGAAUGUUUCUCACAUUGUGCCAAGUAUCCAUCCCACAUUUUCGAUCAACACUUCUGCACCUAACCAUUCAAAAGCCUUCACUGAAGCUGCAGGGGCUACAGCUGCUCAGACCCCCACACUGAAUGCUGCUAAGGCAUUGGCUUUAACUGGCCUUGAAGUAUUGCAGAGUACAGAAUUAUUGAAUGCAGUUAAAAGACAGUUUGAAGAAGAUAUCAUUGCAGAAAACAUAGGAUCUUCCUAAGCUUUAAGGAGAGUCAUUGUGUUUUGUAUUUUUUUCUGCAAAACUAAAGAGAAUUUUUUUUCUAAAACUUUGCAAAAUUUCAAGCCAUACCUUUAGAGGUUUCUUAAACUUCUGUAACUUCAGUGUUAAUGAGCAUAUAAAAACUGGUAUGUAUGGUUACUUAUUUGAAACACAUGUACACAAUGAAAAAGGGGAAAUAGAUCCCUAAAAUAUUGUAUUCUUUUGUAGCAGUUAAUUAAUCAAAAUCUUAUAAUGGUCAGAGAAUAUUAUAUUUACAUUUAUUGAUCUGUGUCAAAUAUGUUAAUUUUUCUUUAUUUUAGUAUACUUUUUUUUUCCAGUGAAGCUGUUCAGAAAUCAUGUAUUCUACUAUCUAUAAUUGAUUUCUACAAAAUACUCUGAAUGUGUUUCAUUGGUUUAUGUGAAAUUGUGUUAAGAGAACUUGUAGUAAAUGGGUGCCAGUGAUUUCUUAAUUCAGUUUUUUCAGAAUCAUGUAUGUUACAAUAAAAUUAUUGUUUUAUAAUUAAUGA